AGUGAAAGGGAACAAGGCAAAAGAGCACUAGAGAAUCGAAAAAAAAUAAAUAAAUAAAAUUCAGUAAGAGAAGAGUGAUAUAAUGGAGAGCAUAGCAAGUAGAUGGAGGGCUCUAAGUGGUGAGAAUGAUUGGGAGGGUCUCUUAGACCCUCUCGACUACGAUCUUCGGCGAUACAUUAUUCAUUACGGUGAAAGAGCCGAAGCUGCCGAGGCCGCCUUCAUCGGAGAGGUGAAAUCCGAGAAUGUUGGACUCCCUCGCUAUCCAAAGUCAACUUUGUUCUCCAAGGUUGGUUUGGAGCUUGGAAAUCCAUUCAAAUACAUUGUUAAGAGAUACAUCUAUGCAUCAACAUCUGGAAUAGCCGAGAACGAUCCAAAGGGAAUUGCAGAGAAUUCAAAUUGGAUCGGUUUUGUUGCUGUUUCUACUGAUCAAGGAAGUGAGGUUUUAGGAAGGAGGGACAUUUUAAUUUCAUGGAGGGGAACCAUUCGAAAAGCAGAAUUGACCAUCGAUAAAAAAAUCGAUUUAGUUUCAGCUCCAACUAUAUUUGGAUCAGAUAAUAAUGCUAAGAUUCACCAUGGUUGGUAUUCAUACUAUACUACAGCUGAAUCUGGGUCUACGUACAAUUCAACUAGCUCCCAAGACCAGGUUCGAGAGGCGGUCAGCAAAUUGAUAGAGGAAUAUAAGGAGGAGGAAAUCAGCAUUACAGUGACAGGCCACAGCAUGGGUGGUGCACUUGCAAUUCUGAAUGCAACUGAUAUCGUCUUCAACGGAUUUAACAAGCCAACCACCACUGAAGACAAGGUGUGUCCAGUCACAGCAAUUGUGUUUGCAAGCCCUCGUCUUGGAGACCAAGGUUUCAGCGACCUUUUUUCUGGACUCGAAAAUCUUCACGUCUUGCGGGUUAGAAAUGAGAAGGACAAAGUCCCGGACUUGCCACCCGGUGAUGACUACGUUCAUGUAGGAAAAGAGUUGAUCAUCGACACUACCACAUCACCAUACUUGAAAAGCCAUAUUAUAAAUUUAAAGGUUCAUGAGUUGGAGAUCUACUUGCAUGGAGUUGCAGGACCAAAGGAGGUUGAUGGAAAAAAUGAGUUGGUAGUUGAUAGGGAUAUUGCAUGGGUGAACAAACAGACGGAUGAAGUAAAAGAUGAAUAUAAUUUUGUUGCCAAUUGGUGGGUCAAGGAAAACAAAUCUAUGGUUCAAAUGGAUGAUGGAAAGUGGGUGCUCAACGACCGUGACAUAGCUGAAGAAGAUGAUUAUAUAUAAUUAAUCAAUAUAUAAUCGAUCAUUGCCCGCUUGAUUUGAACUACUUAUAAUACUUCUGGGUCGUCCUCGUUUGAAUAAUAUAAGCCAAUGCUAGCUUGGUUUGGGGCUUGGAUAUUGUCUCUCAAUUUAAAAUAAAAAUAAGUUUUGGCAAUGCCACUUAAUUUGUUGAAGCUUAUAUGUAUUUGUGGUUUUGUUGUUUGUUUUCAAUAAAUUUGGUCCUCUGCUUUGGGUUUAUAGCA